AUGGGUCUCGCGUUUUCCAAGAUCUUCGACAAGCUCUGGGGGAAGAAGGAGAUGAGAAUUCUGAUGGUCGGUCUUGACGCCGCCGGAAAGACUACGAUUCUCUACAAGCUCAAGCUCGGUGAAAUUGUGACGACUAUUCCCACCAUCGGCUUCAACGUUGAGACCGUCGAGUACAAGAACAUUCAGUUCACCGUGUGGGACGUCGGUGGUCAGGACAAGAUCCGUCCUCUCUGGAGACAUUACUUCCAGAACACCCAGGGUAUCAUCUUCGUCGUCGACAGCAACGAUCGCGACCGUAUCGUUGAGGCCCGCGAGGAGCUUCAGCGCAUGCUCAACGAGGAUGAGUUGCGCGAUGCUAUUCUCCUGGUCUUCGCCAACAAGCAGGAUUUGCCCAACGCCAUGAACGCUGCCGAGAUCACAGACAAGCUUGGCCUCCACAGCUUGAGACAACGCGCCUGGUACAUCCAGUCUACCUGCGCUACCUCCGGUGAUGGUCUCUACGAGGGUCUUGAGUGGCUUGCCACCACCCUGCGCAAGGCGGGCCACCAGUAA